AUCUCAAAUAUAUAUGCGAAAAAGAGAAGCUAAAUCGCCGUGAAGCAGCAGCUAUUUGCUGAUAAACCCUAGGUGAUUUCAGGUUCAUCCUGAAGGCCACAACAUUCUGUAGUGGAGUAUCAUCAGGCGUGUGAAAAUGCUUAGCUGCAAGGAUAAAUUGGCACAUUUUCGAAUAAAGGAGCUCAAAGAUGUGCUUACUCAACUUGGUCUCUCAAAGCAAGGAAAGAAGCAGGAUCUUGUUGAUCGCAUAUUAGCUAUUCUUUCAAAUGAACGAGUUUCAGGAAUGUGUGCAAAGAAAAAUAGUGUUGGAAAGGAAGAGGUUGUCAAACUUGUUGAUGGAAUUUACAGAAAAAUGCAAGUGAAUGGGGCAACUGACCUAGCAUCUAAGUCGCAAAUUGUCUCAGACAGCGGUAAUGUAAAGUUAAAAGAGGAAAUUGAAGAUACUUACCAGAUGGAGAUUCGAUGUCUCUGUGGAAGCUCGCUACAAGCUGAAACGAUGAUUCAGUGUGAAAAUAUAAGAUGCCGCGCAUGGCAACAUGCAAGCUGUGUCAUCAUUCCGGAAAAACCCACAGAAGCGGGUUCUCCUCCAGCUUUACCUGAAACUUUUUACUGUGAAUUGUGCAGAUUGAGUCGCGCAGAUCCGUUCUGGGUGACGCUGUCAAUGCCUUUAUUUCCUACUAAGUGGGCUGUCACUAGUGCACCUUUAGAUAGCACAAACCAAAUGCAAAGGAUUGAGAAAUUAUUUCAGCUCAGUAGAGACGACAUGGAGUUAUUGGCGAAGCAGGAAUACGAUGUUCAGGCUUGGUGCAUGCUUCUCAAUGACAAGGUAGAAUUUAGGAUGCAGUGGCCUCAGUAUGCUGAUUUGCAGGUCAAUGGAGUUCCAGUACGUUGCAUAAAUAGACCUGGCUCACAAUUAUUAGGUGCAAAUGGUCGAGAUGAUGGUGCAAUAAUCACAUUAUGCUCCAGAGGUGGAAUGAACAAAAUUUUGUUAACAGGAUGUGAUGCUCGUAUCUUUUGCUUUGGAGUUAGACUUGUACGGCGUCGUACUCUCGUACAGGUUCUCAAUAUUAUCCCUAAAGAGCUAGAUGGUGAGGCAUUUGAUGAUGCUCUUGCUCGCAUUCGUCGUUGCAUUGGUGGGGGAACUGCCACUGAAAAUGCUGACAGCGACAGUGACCUCGAAGUGGUUGCGGAUUUUAUUACAGUCAAUCUUCGAUGCCCUAUGAGUGGUUCAAGAAUGAAAGUUGCCGGAAGGUUCAAACCUUGUGUACAUAUGGGCUGCUUUGAUCUUGACAUUUUUGUUGAAAUGAAUCAAAGGUCGAGGAAGUGGCAAUGCCCAAUCUGUCUCAAGAAUUACUCUCUGGAGCAUAUCAUUAUAGAUCCGUAUUUCAAUCGGAUCACUUCUCAGCUGCAAACUUGUGGAGAAGAAGUGUCGGAAAUUGAAGUGAAACCUAAUGGUUCUUGGCGUGCAAAGGCAGAAGGUGAUCGAAGGAGUAUUGGUGAUCUCGGACGGUGGCACUUACCUGAUGGUACUCUCAUUGAAUCUCAAGAUAUAGAGUCAAAACCCAAGCCUGGAAUUCUUAAGCACGUUAUACAGGAAGGAGGCUCUGAAAGCUGUGGACUUAAAGUUGGGUUGAAGAAGAAUAGAAAUGGUUUGUGGGAAAUUAACAAACCUGAAGAUAUGCAGACAUUUCCACAAGGAGAUGGAGUAAGAGAGAACGUAGAAAAUCAUGUUCAAAAUAUCAUUCCCAUGAGCAGCAGUGCCACUGUGAGUGGCAAGGAAGGUGAAGAUCCCAGUGUUAAUCAGGAUGGUCUCGUUAACUUUGAUUUCCCUACCAAUGGGUUUGAACUUGAAACCAUUUCUCCAAAUUUUGCCCCAGCAUAUGGUUGUAAUGACCGGAACCCCCCAGCACCAGCUAGAGGUGCUGAAGUUAUUGUCCUAAGUGAUUCUGACGAAGAAAAUGAGCCAUUCAUCUCUUCUGCAUCCAUUUACAAUAACAACCAUACCAAUGCACCUGUAGUCUCUUUUGCGGGUAGGCCUAAAGGAAUUUCAGCUUCUUGCCAUGACAACCGAACACUUGUUAAUGAUGGGAAUUCAUGCCUGGGGCUGUUCAAUGCAAACGAUAAUGAAUUUGUGAUGAAUAUGUGGCCUUUGCCUACUGUUAACCAGGAGGGCCCAAGCUUUCAGUUAUUUGGUUCAGCUAUGCACCAGGGUUCUAUCAACCGUGCAAGCUCUACCAAUGGCUACUCGUUGGCUGCAGACACUGGCAUUGGAUCUUGUACUCUUCUUCCUGAAUCUUCUGUUGAUCAUAUGAAUGCUGUAAUGAAUGAUGGUUUAAAUAACAAUACCGUAUUAUGUGACGGUAUUCAGGGAUCACUUCAUAUAUUUCUUCCUCUACCAUUAAAUGUAUCAGUUGAGGCUGAUGUGCGUCAGCCAGGUGUGUCAACUGGCGUUCACACUGAGGAUUGGGUUUCACUUAGGCUUGGCGCAGGUGGGGGUUCUGCAGUUGCAAAUGGGUUGAGCUCAGGGAAGCCGCUGCAAACCAAAGACUCUUCCUUGAACGCAUUGGCUGACACUGCUUCAUUGGUUGUUGGUGUGAAUGACGAAGUAUCAAUGACGAGCAGUAGGAAAAGAUCAGAUGGUCCAUUUAAUUUUCCUCGCCAACGUCGUUCUGUUAGACGGAGAUGUCUAAAUAAUGAUUCAGACACUGAAUAGGGAGCCAAUUGCACAUAUGAGGAAUAAUGAUACUUGCUGCAAAAAUGAGGAUCCAAUCACAUGAUAUCUUGUUUGUAAGAUCGAUCUUGUCUGAAUCGAUCUUUUUGUCUUGGAGAUGAACAUGCAUCUACCAACAGAGAAACUACCUUCAACUCCUGUGCUGGAAGUUCUCCAGCUUUUGUAUUCUAUUGUCUGGACUCGGAAUCCCCCGCUCCCAUAUCCUGCCUGGCCAUAUUCUUCAUUUCAUUUUGUUGAUGAUGCAAGUGAAUUGUACAUUUGGAUAGCUUGAAUAGGGCAAGCUAAUAGUACAUUUUGAUAGCUUAGCUAGGUUUAAAAAAUACUAGCAACAGCAGUUGGUAAUUACUGCUGGAUGUAAAGUAGCAAAGGAAUAGGGGCCUAUAGCCUGUAAAUCUUACUACAUUGAGUAAUUUAUAGACUAUAGCAUUUUGGAA